GAGCUUCCACAUCACCUCAUUACAGGUCAAUCCUCUUAUCUUCGCGCGGUGUCGAUUUUUCCCCCUGUUAUCAGGUCAGCACGAAUUGGCACGUCAGAAAGUGUACAUAACUAGAGCACGGGAAACGAAUGAAAUAAAAAAUUCCUAACCCAUGAUAACGGUUUUGCCGAAAAAUGAAGCGGUGUGUCGUAGUCGCCAGUCGAUCGUCGGAACGUUCUUUACAAGCUCGAAUCGCUCGAAACGUGCUCGCAUUACGGGGCAUCAAUUCGCCCCGCAUCGUCACUCACAAAGCUAUUGAUUCGUCGACCUUUUCGCGGUGCAAUUGCCUCCUGACAGGCCCCGGCUGCUGCUGGCUGGAUUGAUUAUUUGAUUAAUUUGCGAAAAAGAAAACAUUAUCGCUACCGCCGCCGGUACCAGUGAAUGUCAAGGUACGGCAAGUUGCCAACGCAGUCGCUUCUGCUUGGAGUCGUCGGUUGUCGGUUGCUUGGAUGGUGGUUCGUUGGCCGGUCAGUUGCGAAGGUGGACACAAACUGCAUAAGUCGGCGAGCUCGUCAUCGCGUGACGGCCCCUUUUGGUGGAGAGCGCUGUUCAGUUGCAUCGGGACACUUCGAUAAUUGAUUUGUGUGGCUGUUUGACAAAUUGCGAUUGGUUUUGUGCGCGAUUAUGUUGUUUUCGUUUCGGAUCAUCCUGAUUACGAGUGAUUAGUUCGAGGCCUGAAGACGUCGUGUUGGAGGUUGGGCGUUCGCGGGAUUAUCCGAGUUUAUUAAGAAGGAUUAAAAUUCUUCGGAACAGUGUAUGUGGGAUCAAUGUGAACCAAUUAGCGUACCAGAUAUGAUCUAACAUGAUACUGUGCAUCGAUCAGCGGAUAGCCUCGGUGUCGUCUAUAGCUAUAGCCUCUUCCACGUUGCCAUUUUCGCACUGGAGCCUUCUGCUGCUCGGCAACAAAUGGAACUCCAACUGUUACUGCCUACUGGAUUGCCCGCUGAAAACCUUCUACCGAAAGGAGAUAAUCCGGAUUCGAUCCCGCGGAUGUGCUCCAGUACCGGGACGAUAUUGAAGCGAUGGUUUUAUUUGUGUGUUAAAUUGUGAUUAGUGUGUUACUGAGUGUAGUGAACUAGUGUGAGUGUGUGACCUCACGGUUAAGCUGAAUUAUAGAAGACUUAUUAGAAUUAUGUCACAGCGGAAGAAGAUUCUGUACGGACUGUUCGGGAUCAUCAUUGGACUGUGCGUCGGGGCUCUCUUCCGGAACUAUCGAACGCUCGAGAUCGUCAGCAUGUGUAACUCAAUGAACAGCAUGAAACAGAAGUCCGCUCUCGAAAUAAUCGGCCUGCGUCCAUCGGAAACGCCGGACAACUCGCAACACAACCUAGUCUUUGUGGGCGUUAUGACAGCAAAAGAUUUCCUGCAAAGCCGUGCCAAGGCCGUGUAUGACACCUGGGGCAAAAACAUUCCGGGGAGGAUUGCUUUCUUCAGCUCGGAAGAAUCGAUCGCGGACUAUCUUCCCCUGGUGGCACUGAAGGGCGUGGACGAUCGCUAUCCACCACAGAAGAAGAGCUUCAUGAUGCUUCACUAUAUGUACGAGCACUACAUCGACAAAUUCGAGUGGUUUGCUCGGGCAGAUGACGACGUGUUCAUCCGAACGGACAAGCUGGAACAGUUCCUACGAUCCAUCGAUAGUUCUAAGCCGCAGUUUAUCGGCCAAGCUGGCCGGGGAAAUAGUGAAGAAUUCGGGUUACUAUCGCUCGAGUUCGAUGAAAACUUUUGCAUGGGUGGUCCCGGAGUUAUUAUGAGCCGCGAGACGCUACGGAGGGUGGCGCCUCACAUUCCUACAUGCCUCAAGAACCUCUACAGUACUCAUGAAGAUGUGGAAGUAGGACGUUGUGUUCAAAAGUUUGCAGGUAUUCCGUGUACCUGGAACUAUGAAAUGCAAUCCAUUCUGCACCACAACUCUAGCGGGAGUCGUGCCUUCUCGGGUAACCUCAAGAAUAAGGAGGUCCACAGUGCCAUCACGCUGCAUCCGGUCAAGAAGCCUGCCUUCAUGUACCGCUUACACACAUAUACUUUAGGACUAAAGGCACAGGAGCUUCGCCAGCAAACCCUCUUCCUGCAUCGGGACAUUGCUCAAAUGACAGCACUGCUGCAGAUCCCAAAGAUCAACAAAAAUCUCGCACCUGGCGUUCCGAUUUUCCCGUCGGAUGAAUCCAGUGCGGACUAUCUCGGAGAUCACAACAUCUUAGGAUUGACGCCAGAUCUGAACCGACAUCGACCGUCACAUUUGGACGAGGUCAUCGAGUGGGAUUUCAUCGCCAAAAGUCUCUACUCGGGGAUGCAUCCGAAUCCGAAGCGAAAGAUUGAGUCCUCACUCAAGGAAGGCUUGAACGAUGUUGUCCGAGAGAUCAUGGAACAUAUCAACAACUUUUCGCGGCAACGAGGUCGAGUGAUUGAGUUUCGUGAACUACUGUACGGCUAUAUGCGGGUCAACAGUCUGUACGGGCAGGACCUGAUCUUGGAUUUGUUGUUGGUGUACAAAAAAUACCGAGGGAAGAAAAUGACAGUACCGGUGCGGAGACAUCUCUACAUUCAGCGAUCCUUCACGGACAUACGGAUCCGGGAGAUUACCGGGGGAGUCGCUCCGGCGUAUGCAGUUACGUUGGAUCACCGGUUACCGGGUGAAGUGACCCGGCCGUGGAAUAAUUCAACAGGUUUAGAUCGAAUGCGAUCGAUCCUGAACAGCGGUUGGGAGAAACUAUCGGAUACCUUUGCCAUCAGCAGCCCGCUCAUGUUUGAGAUGCAACCGCCGAAGGACCGAAUCGUAUUCAUCAUUCCGCUCGCUGGUCGAUCGGAAACGUUUAUGCGUUUCUUGCGCAACUUCGAAGAGGUGGCCCUAAAGCAGGACCAUCGAACGGAUCUGCUCGUCUCGAUGUACGUCGAUCAAUCGGAAUCGUCGCUGAUAGCAGAUCUACUGGAUCACCUGCGCGUGCAGUAUCCCCUCAAUAGAAUAAACUACCUCCAGCUGUACGGAAACUUUUCCCGCGGGGUAGCCCUAGAUCGUGCCAUCAAAAGUCCGUUCUGCAAGCAGGAUGACAUUUUAUUUUUCAUCGAUGUCGACAUGAUUUAUACCCUACAAACGCUUGAGCGGAUACGGGUCAACGUGAUACGAAAUAGGCAGAUAUAUUUACCCAUAGUCUUCAGCGAGUACGAUCCGCAACCGGAAGUGCUCGGUAGAAGUCUACUAACUGAAGGAAUUAAACUAAUCACGACGGAGCAUCUACAUCGAAAAAGCGGUAGUCGAAACUUCUCCGUACCGUAUCCAGUCACCAACACGGAUGGUUACUUCCGGCAAUUCGGCUACGGUUUGGCCGGAAUCUACAAAUCUGACAUCCUUCGGCCCGAUCUCGGUGGUUUCAACACCGACAUCAACGGGUGGGGUCUAGAAGAUGUCAAGUUUCUCGAAAACAUAAUAGCUGCCAAUUUGAAAGGCAGCCAGCGGCUGCUGGAUGUGGCCGAUGGUAAAAUGGAUCCGUUCCAGGAUCUGCAUCAAGGCCAGCAACUCCAGCAGGAGCUGGCAGUGUUCCGUGCAUCGGAUCCGUCGCUGGUGCACAUCUUUCAUCCCAUUAUUUGUGAUAGAAACCUGGAGGAGGCCCAGUACAAAAUGUGCCUCGGAACGAAAGCCAAUACUCUGGGCAGCUACCGGACGCUGGAGCAACGUUUUCUCCACGAUCGGGAACUGCUGAACUACGGACGAAGGGGACGGGGUAGUCGAUAGUGGGGAGCUUGUAAGGGAGUUCCCUUUGCUGAGCGUGUUUGUGUAAGAUAGUAGGAUCAAAUAAAUUUCUUUGUAUGAUAAA